CCACUUCCGCUUACGUACAAUUGGCUGCCCUGAUUGCAACGUACGAACGGCGGCGCUGCCAUCUUUGUUUCUAGCGCUUUGGCUUGGCGCCUUUCCUGUGUUGGUUGUUCACUGUCUGUAGUGGUCAUAGUGUGUUACACGUUUCAAAAUGGCUGGCGGUAAAGCGGGUAAAGAUUCUGGUAAAGCCAAGGCCAAAGCAGUGUCCAGAUCGGCAAGGGCCGGGCUUCAGUUUCCCGUGGGAAGGAUUCACAGACAUCUUAAAAAUAGGACUACGAGUCACGGACGAGUCGGGGCAACAGCAGCCGUUUAUUCAGCAGCUAUUCUCGAAUAUUUGACGGCCGAGGUAUUGGAGUUGGCGGGAAACGCGUCUAAGGAUCUAAAGGUGAAACGUAUCACACCGCGUCACUUGCAACUAGCCAUCAGAGGAGAUGAGGAGCUAGACAGCUUGAUCAAAGCUACCAUCGCCGGUGGUGGUGUGAUUCCCCACAUACACAAGUCGCUCAUCGGCAAGAAAGGCGGCCCUGGUGCUCCCGUUUAAUUAUAGGUAAUCUUCGAUACCACCUUGCUGCAUUUGACUCCGGGCAUGUUUUCUAUGAAACUUAUCAGCUGAUUGACAAAUAGUUUCCAAACAAGUUAGUGAUGUGAACUGUGGAGUGUUUCCAGGGAACUGUUGGGUCCGGACUAAAUCGUUUAGUAGUUAAUAAGUACUAGAAAUAUCUUAGUAAUAAGGAGAUUUAAUACUAUUGUAGAAUUAAGUUUAAUUUUCUUGUUUGUUCAUGGGACAUGAUAUUUUUCUAAAACAUUGAUUAUUACAAUGACAUAAACAUAACAUUAUAAUUAUCAUGCUACCAGUUUCAGCUGAUGUUGAACGUGUCUGUAACUGUCAAAGAAACUGGUGCUUUUUAAUUUAUGGUUUGAAUUUAAAUUUCAUAUUAUGCAACCUUAAUGAAUACAUAAUUUGUUUGUAGCUAUAAGCUGUUGUAAUUUUUUUGCAGCAUUUUGCAUUUUCAAGUGAUGGAGAUGAAAAAUUUGUAAUUUGGUAUGAUUGAACUGUUACGAGUUGUAAGAAAUGUAUUUUGAUCUUUGAAAUAUAUUGAGAAAACACUGA